AAGACCGCUAGAUAAUUGGCGAUUCUAAUUAAAUUUAUGACGUGGCGAAAAGCAAUUGGCUAGUACACAAACAAAACCCCAAUACACUUCCGCAAAGAAGAAGAAGAGGGGGAGAGCGACUCCGUAUACACCUGGAGACCUCUGACAUAGGCGUCAGAGUAACUGGCAAUUUGAUCACUUGCCAGUGCCGCCCCCCUCGCGACUCAACCCAAUCUCAGACGUAAAUCAGCGACCUGCCAGCUCGACCAUUUUUCUCGCCGACCAUUUCUAUCCGACCACUUAUGCAGACCGAUCUAUGAACUCUAAGCUGUAACUAACCAAGUAUCUCUGACCUCCGUCUUUCACCACCUUGACGGCGCUUCUCCUAAAUGCUUUUGGAAAGAUGCCAGUACUGAAAUGUUCCACAAAGCUACAGCUAUUGGAAAAAAUAUUAAUGUGGAGCUUCCCUGAAUCCCUGAAGGUUUAUGGAGCUGUGAUGAACAUAAACCGAGGGAAUCCCUUCAGGAAGGAAGUGGUGGUGGAUUCAUGGCCAGAUUUCAAAGCUGUCAUUACCCGGCGACAGAGGGAGAAGGAGGUGGAUGACCGUGACCAUUACACCAAUGCAUAUGCAGUUUUCUACAAAGACUUACAGGCUUACCGGGAGCUACUAGAAGAGAGAGACACCAUCGACUGGGGACAGAUCUUUCAGCUACAGGGGCUCCAGGCAGGAAUAUAUGAAACAUCCAAAGCUGUUGCUAGGUCUAAGCAGGUUGAUGUGAAAGUAUCCUCCUUCCAGAUGGUUAUCCACCCAGACCCUGACACACUGCCAGACGUCAGACUUCAGAUGGACCCAGCACCGAGACUGGCUUCCCUGGACAUCUCCCAUGCCAGCCUGCUCAGUGAAACCUGGUCACGGGGAGGCACUGAGCAAUGCCGGAGGUACCUUGCUAACCUCAUUUGCUGCUUCCCCAGCAUCUGUGUCUUGGAUGACAAUGGACAGCCCAUCUCUUGGGGUCUAACUGACCAGUUUGCCACCAUGAUUCAUGGUUAUACCCUUCCAGAAUACCGCAGAAAAGGUUAUAACCGGCUUCUUGCUACCAUAUUAUUUAAGAAGUUACAUAGCCAGGGCUUUCCAGCUCAAGGUAAUGUCCUGGAGAAGAAUGUAUCUUUUAAAGCAUUGCUGAAAAGUAUGAAUGCUCAGUUUCUUCCCUGCCAGUUUUUCAGAGUCAUCCACACUCCGUUGUGUUUCUUAGCUAUACCUCACCUAUAGUCCUCAGUUACAAGACCUGAGUUAGAGGUACAAAUGACUGAGUUUUAUAACACUCACUCACCUGCUCCUUUACAGGGCUUACUAGUGAAAUUCAAUGGUCUCUCUUAUAUGGGAGAUCACCUUACAUGAUUCUUUUUCUGGCCAUAAAAACCUAUGAAACUGAUAUAUCCAAAUAACUAUUCAGGACUUGAUAAUUCAUCAAAUCAAACACAGAUAAGAAUGGAUUUAGGGCUACUGUUUUGCCACUGCAAUUCAACCAUACAUGCAUUUCCUCUGACUGAAAAAUGAUUCCUCUAGUUUUCCUAUCUGUGUUGUAUAUUCAUUGUCACAAUUCUGGGGUCAACGCUAGCUCUGUCCCCUUCUCUGUCCCCUGAGUUCACCCCUUUUGAUUCUUUUUGUACCAGGCCUUGGAUUACAAUCCCCUGCAUAUCACCCCUGUUUUACAUCAGCAAGUCUGAUAUAUGCCCAGACCACCAUUCUGUUCCUUCUGGGGCUGACAGAAGUAAUCAGUGACCAAGCAGCCUCCUUAAAACAAAGUAUCAUUUAUUUAGAAUAAAAGCAUUUUAAAGGAAACUUUUCUUAGACAGUAAAAUAAACAACGUGCAUAUCUAGUGCACCCACCUUCCACAUGGGGAUCCUAGAAGCAGUAAAUUGCUAUAGACUUUGCCUCUAGAUUGUUUCUAUAUCAGCUUUUGCCCUGUUACACUUAUCUGCACAGCCCCUGGUAUCUCCAUUCCCUCCCUACAUCCCACUGCCUGCUUCUGAGUAAUCAGGACAAAUUAAUUGCCUGCAGUAAUUUGUCCCAGUAAUUCCAAUUGUAACCAUACAAUGCAAAUCAAUGGUUUGCAAAUCUUUGGAAGCAGAAUCCUUGAAGUUAACAGCUCUGUCCAGUUUCUUUCAAGGCUGUACUCAAUAUUCUUAUCUGGGAAGUCACUAUGUUGCUUGUCUGUUGAUUCUUUUCAUAGCUUCUUUUGACUGCAUAGCGGUUUUGCAAUCAUUACUGUAAUUUCAUGUUUGGUAGCAACCAAGUGAUAAAAUAGUUCUACCUCUUUUAUUAAGAAAGGUUGUAAGAGUUGUUCACAGAACCUAAGAACUGAAACUCGUAUGUGCCAAUCCUACUGCCGGAGAACUUGAACUCACGUGUGUCAGCCCUACUAGCAGUAAACAUAUUUAGCAGCAAUACACUGGAAUACUGGAAAGGUAACUAUAUCAGCCUUUGUGCAUUUGCGGACAGAUCUGCUCAUCUACAUGCCCAAAGAACGAUACAAGGAUAAAAAAUAUGCUCAACCAUAUGCAAAAGAACUAGAUCUCAGGUGCUUCAAAGGUUUCACAGCUAUGAUCUUAAAGGAAGGGAUUAUGAUUCUUUCAGAAGCUGUUACAUUUAAAUAAAUUCUCCUCAGGCAGUAAGAUAGCAUAGAUCCUCCUUUAAAAGAUGCUUCAUAUGAGAAAACUCCCUACGUGAAUACACCCAGGAUAAUUUUUGCAAUCGCACUUCUGUCUGGUCUCACAGUACCUUACCUGUGCUGUGCCAUACGCAUUAGGGUCUAAUUUCUAUUCAGUCCUGUGCUUAAUGGGUCUCAUUACACUGCAAGAGCAGAGAUUUGACCUGCUGCAUUUGAUCAAAAUUCUGCAUUGUUCUGCAAUAUUGUUUUUUCCUAUGUGCCACCUGCCACAUUUCCCCCAUUUUAUUGCAUUUCCGGGGAUUCUGAUUCAUAGGAGGAAACCUGCUUAUAAAUGUAAGACUAUGCAUAGAAGAACCGAAUCAUCUUUCUAUAGAAUGAAAAUAUUUUAACAUGGUAGAAUAGCCACUGGGCAUGAGGCCAGUGGGAGAAAUUACUGUGUGUGUAGAGUUCAAAACUGGGUCUUUCAUAAGACUGCAAGGAUUUAAAAAAUUCUCAAUCAGCAGCAAUUGGCAGGAGAAGUGGUAAAUUAGGUGUGUAUGAGGGUAAAGUUCUAUUAUAAGCCUCUGCAUAGAUACUGAAAAUACAAGUAGGACACACAUAGGAUAACCGAGGAAACCCUCAUAAAUUCCUACUAAAAAUUACUAGGUUACCUAAAUUCCUUGAAUUUGGCCCAGAUGAAGAGCGGGCUUAUAUUUAAAAGGCCAGAUCCCACUCCACCUAUUAGGCGCCUUCCUGAGAUCUAAGCUGAUCCCUGCUUAUAUUUCUGGAGAACGGUUUAUACUAAAAGUGGGCAGAUCAUUUUCUUUCUUGCUGUUUCCUGUGAUUUCAUCUUAAAACUAAUGUGAUGAUAUGCUACAAAAGCAGGUGAGUUAAUGCUUCUUUGGGGAUUUGAGCAAGAAAAGGUCACCCUUAGGCGUCUAAUUAGGCACUGAAUAGGAUCUGGCCCAAAGUUGCUUGGGUAUUACAAAAAGCACGAUGUUGCCCCAGUUUAGCUGAGCCCAUACCACUCUGUCUAUGAGCACUCUAUAUUAGUCUAAACCUAGCUAUAUAGUAGGUUGGCAUAUGAAAUAAUAUGGAAUAUACCAAACAAUUGUAAUGGAAAGGAAGAUUCAGUGGAGAGGGUGUGAAGCUGGGAUGUGGGAGAGCUGCUUCAACAGCAAUCUUUCUGGAUGAAUCACUUAAGCUCUGAUGUAUUUAGGCACAUAACACCCACUGAGGUGCCUAAGUUAAUAAGAAUCCCAUAUUUAAAUGUACUGGAAGAUCUUGCCCUAAGUCUCUCUAAUAAUGCCUUGGUUUCCAUUCUGUAAAACAGACCCUUUUGUACCAGAUUAGGUAAGCAUAUUAGGACUGAGAAGUAUUCAGAUAUCAUGUUAAUGGAGUCAAGUAUAUAUAUAUCCAAGAUAAAGAGAGGUCCUGUUAUAUUAGACAAGUUUUUUGAAAUUUUAAAGGAUAGCUUACAAAAAAAUCUUGUAACAGGUAUGUAAGCUGCCUGUGUUCAUUAUAAUCCACACUUUCAGAACGUAUCACUUUAUAUGUAGUGAUCCAGAAUCUUUGUUGUUACUAGGGUUAGCAAACCAGUCAAUUGACUGGACAAAUAUUUUCAAUGACUGGUUAAGUGACUGCAUAUUUUUUGACUGGUCAAGGAUUCUAGCAUUUCUACAAGAAAAACUACAAUUUUGGAGUUUUUUUGACAGAAAUAUGAAUUUUUUUUACACAUUUCUUAAUGGAAAAUUUGUGCUUUUUCUGUGUAUUAUUUGGACGUAUUGAUAAUUGUUUUUACAAUUUUUGACCAAUAUUUGACUGGUGAAUUGACUGAACUUUAUUUGACUGGUCAAAUACCGAACCCUAGAGCUAAGUACACCCCAUCAAAAAGCCCAAAGCUGAAUUGAUUCAGUCUUUGCAGGUUAGUCUAAACUGCAGAGAUUAAACUGACUAACAAGUGAGCAGACAUUUACUUUUGAUUCAGGAAAAUGCAGCCACAUGCCUGCAGUGCCUCAGGUUAGAAGUAAUAUGCAGAGCACUAGGUCAUUAAACCAAGUACUAGCGCA